CGAAGCAUGAAUCUUAUUAUUUAAAGGCAAUAACACAACAAACUUGCCUUAGCAACAGAAAUACUUGCACUACAAGAAACAAAAGCAUGAGUCCAACCGAACUGCCAACAUAUUAUUUAAACAACCGGAAACAAAACAGAACAUCGUAAAUCAAUUCUCCGAAUUCCUCUUACCUUUCACAAAUGAAGACAAAAAAUCGUUCCCUCGCUAUCGUCUUUUUCUGCAUGCUCUGCGUUUCUUCGAAAUGUUCGGAGGAUCGAAAAGUGAAGAACGAAACGGAGACUAUGGAACAAAGAUUCAAUGAUUGGCUUAAAACGUACAGACAGACGUACAAAAGCACCAACGAAUGGAACUUCCGAUUCGGAAUCUAUCAGUCAAAUGUGCAGUAUAUCGACUUCGUCAACUCACAGAAUCUUUCUUACAGUCUAACCGACAAUCAAUUUGCGGACAUGACGAAUCACGAGUUCCAGUCGAUCUACUUGGGCUACAACAAUAGUAAUCAUCUUCAUGGGAAUUCAGUUGAAACACGCAAUGGCACGCUUCGUAAUUAUGCUCUACCGGCUAGCAUUGACUGGAGAAAGAAGGGUGCUGUCACUCCAAUCAAGAAUCAAGGCACUUGUGGCAGUUGCUGGGCGUUUUCUGCAAUAGCAGCAGUAGAAGGCAUAAACAAGAUCAAGACCGGAAAAUUGGUAACUCUAUCCGAACAAGAGUUAAUGGACUGCGACACGAAAGGAGGCAACCAAGGUUGCAGCGGUGGAAUAAUGGAAGACGCGUUCGAUUUCAUAAUAAAGAACGGGGGCGUAGCCACAUCAAAGGAUUAUCCUUACAAAGGGAGAAACGAUAAAUGCGACUCCAAAAAGGGAAAAAAUAAAGCAGCAAAAAUAAGCGGCUACAAAUACGUACCCGUCGGAAACGAAGAAAAUCUAAAGGCUGCAGUGGCUAAACAGCCGGUGUCGGUAGCCAUUGAUGCCGGUGGCUAUAACUUCCAGCUUUACUCGAGUGGUGUAUUUGACGGCUACUGCGGGCAGAGUUUGAAUCACGGGGUUACGGUUGUGGGGUACGGUGUGGAUGGUGGUAAGAAGUAUUGGCUUGUGAAGAAUUCGUGGGGGACUAGUUGGGGUCAAAAGGGUUACGUUAAAAUGAGCCGUGGUUCGUCGGAUAAGAACGGUAUUUGCGGCAUUGCUUUGCAGGCUAGCUACCCUACAAAGUGAUCUUGACGAAACGAAAUGUAAAAAAACAAAAUUGGGUUCUAAUAGGUAAAUAAUCUCACCAUCGUAAUAUCUGAAAAAACAAAAUUAAAUAGCUUUUCUAGAUUUCUACACAAAGAAUCGAAAAGCGUUCCACUAGUAGAUGGUUUAAUAUGUUAUAAUUUACUGUUUUAUCUUACCUAUGAAGAAUGUAAUAACGUUUAACGGGAGUUAGAUUAGACUGUCGAUUUGUCUUCCAACUACAUAACAUUUAAUUUAUGGGGCAGCUCAUUUCUAGACAAGCUCACUGAAAAUCCGGGGGGGUUGAGUUACUUUAAAUUUGAAUUUCAGAAGAGUUACAAUCGUAGAAAGAGUAACUGAACAUUUUACGGCACAAGUGUUGUAAUAACUGUUAUUGGAAAAAAAAAACAUGAUAAUAUAGUACCUGAAAGGUAGGCAUGGGUACGGCUCCGAUAUUCACGUGCUUUAUGAACCAGCCAAGUUCAGACAGGUACUUAUCAAAACGCAUGAGAUGAUCCAACCUUCACCACUCAAGAGUGGAGGGAAUAUAACUGAAGCUGCAAACACGAGUUUUUCUGCAACAAGAAUA